GCCGGGGUGCCACGUCAGGCUUGAGCCGGAGCUAACGGAUCCCGGUGGAAAGGCAGAACCAGGAGAAUGGCCACCCGCAGGUGGCCGCAGGGAGCCGGGCUCUUGGGCGCGGGCGCCCUCGUGACGGUCUGCGCAAUGCUGAUGGGGUCUGUCUCCUCGCACGAAGGCUGCCACGGCCACUCCCACGGGGACUUGCACCACGGCCACAGCCACGCUCACCACCACGGUCAUGAGGAUAUCUGGCACGGCCACUCGCACGAGGACCCCCAUCACGGACACAGCCACUCGCACGGCGACUUCCAGGGGCAUGCCCACGAGGACGCUCACCACGGGCACAGCCAUGGACACGAGGACCCCAGUCGUGGACACAGCCAUCCGCACGGGCAUGCUCACGAGGAUGCUCGCCACUGGCAUGAGGACCCGCAUCACGGGCACGCGCACGGAGAUUUUCACCACGGGCACAGCCACGGGCACGAGGACCCCAGUCGACACAGCCAUUCGCACGGGCCUGCUCACGAGGACCCCCAUCACGGGCACAGCCAUUCACACGGUGACUUCCAGGGGCACGCUCACGAGGACGCUCGCCACGGGCACACGCACGAGGAUUUCCACCAUGGGCACAGCCAUUUGCAUGGGCACGCUCACGAGGGCCCCCAUCACGGGCACAGCCACGCCCAUUCCCACGAGGAUCCUCACCAGCUAGUCCAGAGCCCCUCGCAGCGGGCCAGCGGUCCCAGUCGGGCCGAAUCCUUCCACAGCCAUGGGAAGCCGUCUCUGAGGAGGGAGAGGCUGGAGCCGGUCCAGCUGUGGUCCUACGCCAUCGGGGCCACCCUCCUCAUCAGCGCCGCCCCGUACUUCAUCCUCUUCCUGAUCCCGGUGGAGUCGAACUCGGCCCAGCACCAGGCCCUCCUCAAGCUGCUGCUGAGCUUCGCCUCGGGGGGCCUCUUGGGGGACGCCUUCCUGCACCUCAUCCCUCACGCCCUGGAGCCUCACGCCCAUCACGGAGAAGGAGGGGGCCACUCCCACGCCGAGGCCAAGCCCCCCGGCCACGGACACUCUCACCAGGAUCCAGCGCACCAGCACAUGAUGUCGGUCGGGCUCUGGGUUCUCGGGGGCAUCGUGGCCUUCCUGGUGGUGGAGAUGUUUGUUAGGCACGUGAAAGGCGGACACGGACACAGCCACGUGCACAGCCACGCCGCCAAGGCCAAGUGCAGCGAUGACGAGGGGGAGAAGGAGCCCCCCCAGGGCGCGGGUGAGAAGGCUGCCUCCAAGACGAAGACCCCGGAGUCCACCAUGCGUGUCGCCGGCUACCUGAACCUGGCGGCGGACUUCGCCCACAACUUCACGGAUGGGCUGGCGCUGGGGGCCUCCUUCCUGGCGGGCAGCACCGUGGGGGCCAUCACCACCCUGACCGUGCUGCUGCACGAGGUGCCCCACGAGGUGGGCGACUUCGCCAUCCUGGUGCAGUCCGGCUGCAGCAAGCGGAAGAUUGCCAUAGCACGGCGGCCGGAGGGAGAGCGCAAGAUGGCGGCCUUGGAACUGAGGCUGCACUUUUCUGACGUCUGA